AUGACAUCGCAUCAGACUCUCCUCCAGCUCGAUCCGACACUCUUCAGACCAAAGCCUGACGAAUUAAAGUUCUUCAAGGAGACAACUGGAAUUCAGAAUGAGGAUGAGCUUCGGCUGCACAUACUGGCUGCGCAGAAAGAUGCAUAUCAGGCAAGCCUGUCACCACUGAGAUCAAGGAAACCGAGCAGUAUUAGAUUGGCCAUUUCUCGCCUGCCCGGUUACGAGCACGUCCUGGCCAUGGGAAAACAGAGUAAUUGCGGCGUUCUGUUGGAUGUAGGUUGCUGUUAUACCCGCAAGGUCACUUACGACGGUUGGCCAGUGCAGCAGGUCGUUGCGACAGAUAUCGAACCUAGUAAGGAAUUAAAAGUUCGAGAUCAGCACGCUCUUUCACAUAUACAAACCUGUUCAGGAUUCUGGUCAUUGGGACACAGAUUGUUCAGAUCGACAGAUACGACAUUCGCGGUCCCAUUCCUCGCUGGCGACCUCUUUGACGCGAGCCAUCUGGCUAUUUCAUCUCCGGCGCACAGUUCACCGGAUACCCCCUGCCCACCCCUCCGCGAUCUCACAUCACUCAACCCGCUCCGUCAUCACGUGACCGUCAUUCACGCCUCCGCACUCUUCCAUCUGUUCUCGAUAGAUCAGCAACUCGUCCUCGCGCGCGCGCUAGCCGGACUGCUCUCUCCCACGCCGGGGUCGUGCAUUCUCGGCUGGAAUACGGGCAGUGACGAGGCUGGUUUCGUCGAAUUCGAGGGUGGGGUGUCGCACCCGAAGCAGUAUUGCCAUUCGCCGGAGUCGUGGACUGAGAUGUGGAAUGGAGUGGUGUUUCAGCGAGGCGCGGUGACGGUGCAGGCAAGGAACGUGGAGUUCGAAGAGAGCGUCGGGCUGAAGUUGAAGGGCGGAGCCGUGCUGAAGAAAAUGGAGUGGAUUGUGACUAGAGUCUCGUGAGGUUGAGGAAGCGCAGGGAUCGCGGAAUUUUUACCGAUGAGUGAGAACAGAGUCUCCAGAGCGCGUUAUGGGCUUCUAAUGGAGAUCAUUCAGUCGAGUAUGAGCGUGUGUUCAAAGCCUCCUGUCUCCAGCGCGCAGUGAGGACGAUCCCUGACUCCCACGAUAGAGCGUGAUUGAAAUCAACACGAGGAUGACAGAACAGCGAAGACAACC